AUGGACAAGUGGGCUCCUAUCGCUCCGUCAAAGCCAGGAGCCAACCCGGGCUCGGGCCAUGGCAUGUUCUCAGGUUUUGGCUCGGUCCUCAAACCCCACAAGGCUGGCCCAUCCACCAGCGCAGCAGCACUCGCACGCGCAGGGCGAACUGGCCCCCGCGUCGGCCGGUGGCCCGAGGAUAUUCUCGUGCGCAUCGCUGGUUUCCUCCCCGUGCACGACCUGCCUGCGUUCGCUCGUGCCAACCGUGCGCUGGCUCGUAUCACGCGCAAUGAGACCAACUGGAAGGCACGGUGCCGCGUCCUUGGUGUCGAGCCCUCUAGUGACAAUCCCGAGCAGCCAGAAAAGGCGAGAACAACGAGUAUGAGUCGAAAUCGCCAGAGCCUCAGCAAGCCGCGAACAACCAGCGUCACGCGUCCACGAGCCGUUCCUGGCAACGAUGACGACUUUGGAGACUUUGGAGACUUUGGAGAGGCCGGCGACACCUUUGAGGACGUCGACUUUGGGGAUUUUAGCUCGGUGACCAAACCUCCUGCGACACAGGAGAAGAGUCUCUUGGACUUUGACACUGUACCUCUCCCAUCACGCCCCGGCGCUGGGCGUGCAACUGGCUUCUUCGCAGUCGCCCCUCCAUCACCUGUAGCCGCCCAGACGUCGGGGCCUGGGCCAUAUUGCCAGGCGUACAGGAAAAGGCAUGCCGAACUCGCUCCUCUGUGUCACCACCUCCGAACGUCGAGUGCACCAAGUAGCACGCUGUCGCUACUGUUCCCGCCCAACCCCACUACCGGCUUGGUGCCAAGCCUCGAGGAGCAAGGCAAGGUGCUGCUCGACCUCCUCCACUUUCUCUCCUCACAAGUGCAGCCCUUGCACGACUGGGGCUUUCUGCGACAGGCACUCCUGGCCGCUGCCGACCGAUUCGACUCGACAUGUCUUGUGGCGUUCGAGAUGGCGGACGGCCGCAAAGACGAAGCGGGAAUGCGCUCAGCUGCCCAGGCGAGCUGGCAGGUGUGGGAGGCUGGGGGCGGGACCCGUGAAGAGUGGGAGUGCGGCCGCGUUUGGGUUGAGAAGCGAGAGGUGUUCUACGAGGAGGGCAAGUGGGACGCGGCAGAAAACAUCAUCAAGGUCCCAGACGUGACCGGCACUGCGAUCGUGCGCGAGCUCGACUUUACGCCCAUGGACGCAUUCAUGGCUCACGUUCUCGAGUCGUUUCGGCUCGACGCCGAGCUCGCAGCCCGUGUGUUUCCCGCCGACGCCAAGGUCGUGUACUCGUUCAGCGAUCGCCUCGCUAUGGACGUACUCGGCGAGUACAUCAGCACACUCCUCAGCCAGACUAGAGUCAUGUCGCCAGAGUUGUCACUCCGCGCGUCGGCUGCCUCCUUCGUACAGGCGUGGAAACUCGUCGACGUUUCGAUGGAGGUCCUGGGUGAGGAGCAGACCAAGGUCCCGCGUUCUGUGAUUGAGAAGUCUGUGUUCUCAAUGUUUGAACCUCACAUCGACGAGUACCUCGAGGACGAGACCGAGUGGAUCAAGACGGCCCUGGACGGCAUCUGUAACGACUGGGACAAGCAGCUCGGCACAAACACGCGUUCAGCAGGCAAGAAGCGACGCGGAUCGAGCAAUCAGCCGCAAUUCCUUACGUCACAGAACCCAGACCAGGUCAAGCGCAACGUCCUCGCCGGGUUCAAGGAUGUGCUGCUGCUUCCCGUCACCAUUGUUCCCCGCACCGUCACGUUUGGCGUAAAUGCCAUUGUUUCCGGCGGCUCGCACGCGGUGCAGGGCUUGUCCAUGCUCAACCCGCAGAAGUGGGCGGCGUCAACCACAAAUACCUCCAAGGGUACACAAGGCAAGAUGGUCCACGGCGAGGCCAUCUUUGACGGACCUGUGCCCGAAGGGGACGUCGAGGAGAAGAACGACAAGAACGAGCCGGAGAAGGACGAGGUCGACAUUCUCGGGGUGACGAACGGCGUCAACAACCUGUCGGUUCCGGGUAUCGAGACGGCAUCUUCGUCCAGAGGUGGGACACCACUCCCCUCCGGUGCAGCCACUCCCAACCCUCCAGCAAAGGAUGACGAAUUCGAGCGCCUUCAGCUUCUCGUUUCCAUCGACACGGCUCUCGAGCUCAUCCACGCGGACCGCGAGUCGCUCAAGCGUACCGAGACGUUUGCCAAAUACCCCGGCAAGACUGGCAACAAAGUUGUCGAGGCGAUCGAGGAGGUGUUCAUCCUCCUGCUCAAGGCCGUUGGGGACCGGCACAUUGCUCCGGGCUUCAGAAUCGCGACACAGCAGAUGUUGACGUACCAACCGGCACAGCAUGAGGAGACGUCGAGCGUCGCGCCGUUGCUCCAGUUCUUCGAGCUCGUGCACGUGGGCGACACGAUCCAGAGCAUGGUGCAAGUCUACUUUGACAAGGAGAUUGCACCGUACGUCGACAAGACCGACUUCCUGAACGCGGUGAUGCGCGAGAAGAAGCGCUUCGAGAGUGUGCUCGACGAUGCCGUUGCAUCCGGAUUGAACGCCGGUAUCGAGGUCCUCAUGAACCAGGUCGAGCACAUCAUCCAGGUGAAGACUGGUCCGCGUGAGUACUAUCCCGAACCUGGUGUGCCGCAAGAGCUCGGCCCGACCAUCGGUUGCCGUGAAGCCAUUGCGUGCCUCGAAAUGCACUGUACCCUCCUCAAGGGGAGCACGAGCAAGGAGGUCCUCGAAGUGUUUUACCAGGAAGUGGGCAUCCGUCUGCAAUCUAUUCUCCAGCGCCACUUGAAGCGACAGAUCAUCUCGCUCGAGGGCGGGUUCCAGGUGAUUGCAGACUUGAACACUUACCACGCCUUCGUGGCGUCUCUCAAGCAGCAGCGCAUCACUGAAGACUUUGCCAACCUCAAGAUGCUAGGGCACGUGUACAUCGUGUCGGACGCCAAGGAUCUCGCGCAGAUUGUUCGCGACGUUACACGAUACGGAGGCACUUUCCGGCCUGAAGACAUCUACGAGUUUAUUCAAAGACGAAGCGACUGGAAGAAGAUUGAGAAGACUGUGGACAAGGCCAUGUACGCACUGUCUGUCAAGGAGGACUGUGUUAUCAUGUAG